CCUUCCCAUGCAGUCAGGAUUCUAGAAUUUUCUCUUUUUCCUCUUCCUUGCCUCUCCCGGGCACCUGCUCUCCCUCCUAGCACCUGCUGCCCAGUAGGAAGGGCAAGAGCAAUUCCAGGCGGUGCACUGUGAGGAGUCUCCACCCCUCCUCCUGCGCUUCCUUCUCCAGGGCGCCGCUCAGGCUCCGCCCUCACCUGCCCAAGAUAAUUUUAGUUUCCCUGGGCCUGGAAUCUGGAUACGCAGGACUCGCUCCACAUUCUCCCGCCUCAACAUCCAAAGGCGGGUUACCACCUGUAGAGACGAGAGAGAGGAUUCGAAAUCCAAUCCAAGUGUCUGGGAUCUCUAGACAGAGCUAGACUUUGGGCCGGGUGUCCGGCUCCUUCUGCUGGAGUUGCUCCAGGUGCCAUGGAACUGGAUCUGAGCCCAUCUCAUCUCAGCAGCUCCCCAGAAGAUGUGUGUGCAACUCCUGGGACCCCUCCUGGGACUCCUCCGCCCCCGGAUAACCUUCCGCCAGGGGAUGUGAAGCGGUCGCCCCCGGAUAACCUUCCGCCAGGGGAUGUGAAGCGGUCGCAGCCCUUACCCAUCCCGAGCAGCAGGAAACUUCGAGAAGAGGAGUUUCAGGCGACCUCUCUACCCUCCAUCCCCAACCCGUUCCCUGAGCUCUGCAGCCCACCUUCACAGAAACCCAUUCUUGGCGGUUCCUCCGGUACAAGAGGGUUGCUUCCUCGGGACUCCAGCCGCCUCUACGUGAGUUGUUUUGGAAAUGGGAAAGGUGGGGACAGGCCUCUUUGGUGCAAGAGGGGGAGUAUUCUGGCCCCUGAGGACGGGGUAAGUCAGAGAGUAGAAUCCCCGCUGCCUUUCUCCAAGUCACCUGCAGUUCUUGGGGUACAGGUGGUGAAAGUGUACAGUGAAGAUGGGGCCUGCCGGUCUGUUGAGGUGGCAUCGGGCGCCACGGCUCGCCACGUGUGUGAGAUGCUGGUGCAGCGAGCUCACGCCCUGAGCGACGAGAGCUGGGGCCUGGUGGAGUGCCACCCCUAUCUGGCACUGGAGCGGGGUUUGGAGGACCACGAGUUUGUGGUGGAGGUACAGGAGGCCUGGCCUGUGGGUGGAGACAGCCGUUUCAUCUUCCGUAAAAACUUUGCCAAGUAUGAACUAUUCAAGAGCCCUCCACACACCCUGUUCCCAGAGAAGAUGGUCUCCAGCUGUCUGGAUGCACAAACAGGCAUAUCCCAUGAAGACCUCAUCCAGAACUUCCUAAAUGCUGGCAGCUUCCCUGAGAUCCAGGGCUUCCUGCAGCUGCGGGGAUCAGGCCGGGGGUCAGGUCGAAAGCUCUGGAAACGAUUCUUCUGCUUUCUUCGUCGAUCUGGCCUCUACUACUCUACCAAGGGCACCUCCAAGGAUCCCAGACACCUACAGUACGUGGCGGACGUGAAUGAGUCUAAUGUCUAUGUGGUGACCCAGGGCCGCAAGCUGUAUGGGAUGCCCACCGACUUCGGCUUUUGUGUCAAGCCCAACAAGCUUCGAAAUGGCCACAAGGGGCUCCACAUCUUCUGCAGCGAGGAUGAGCAGAGCCGGACCUGCUGGCUGGCCGCCUUCCGGCUUUUCAAGUACGGGGUACAGCUAUAUAAGAAUUAUCAGCAGGCCCAGUCUCGUCACCUGCGCCUGUCCUAUUUGGGGUCUCCACCCUUGAGGAGUGUAUCAGAUAAUACCCUGGUGGCUAUGGACUUCUCUGGCCAUGCUGGGCGUGUCAUUGAGAACCCCCGGGAAGCUCUGAGCGCUGCCAUGGAGGAGGCCCAGCACUGGAGGAAGAAGACAAACCACCGUCUCAGCCUGCCCACCCCAUGCUCCGGGUCGAGCCUCAGCGCAGCCAUCCAUCGCACCCAGCCCUGGUUUCAUGGACGCAUCUCCCGGGAGGAGAGCCAGCGGCUAAUUGGACAGCAAGGCCUGGUGGAUGGUGUGUUCCUGGUCCGAGAGAGCCAGCGGAACCCACAGGGCUUUGUUCUGUCCUUGUGCCAUCUGCAGAAAGUGAAGCAUUAUCUCAUUUUGCCAAGUGAAGACGAAGGCUGCCUUUACUUCAGCAUGGAUGACGGCCAGACCCGUUUCACAGACCUGCUGCAGCUGGUGGAGUUCCACCAGCUGAACCGAGGCAUCCUGCCCUGCCUGCUGCGCCACUGCUGUGCCCGUGUGGCCCUCUGAGGCCGCACGGGCUAUUACAGCCAUGGAGUUGCCUCUGCCCUUCUGUUCAGUGGAGUCGGUGCAGGUGGGUGGGGUGGUAAACAGUUGAAGAGCUCCCACCACUUUUCUCCCAUUUUUUUUACCUCCCUCAGGCAAUGAAACAUCCCCCAACCCUGUCCAUCCCUGACUCCUGUCCCCAAGGGAGGCAUUGUGGUCCUGUCCCCUUGGUAAGCUCCUGAGGCACUGUUCCAGUGAGGAGCAUUAUGAGAGGUGUAGGGGCAGCCCAGGUGGUCUCAUGCCCCACCCACACUCUGUACAGACUGAGAGGCCAGUUGAUCUGCUCUAUUUUAUACGAGUGACAAUAAAGAUUAUUUUUUGAUACA